CAGCAGUCAGCAGCAGUGAGGUCGGGCAGGUCUGUAGGAAGGAGAGUUAGACAACACAAGCACAGGGCAAGGACAGUAUGUGGACACUCGCUCUUCAGUUGGUUUUCCUUGGGUUAUACCUACAGGUACCCACGAGCUACUCAUCAUGCACUUUAUACCAACGUGUGGCUGACUGCGGCUCACGGUACCUCAGCUGGGUUCCUGCUCUGCCUUCCAACAUCACACACCUCUAUCUACAGACAAACAAUAUCAGUGAGAUCAAAAGCAGCUCACUCAGAGAGUAUGACCAGCUGCAAGAAUUAGAUCUUGGAAACCAGAAGGGGCAGCUCAUCAUAAGGAACAAUGCUUUCCUCAGGCAGAGAAAAUUGACAAGGUUGGUCCUAGGCUCCAAUGAAUACCUUCAGAUGGAACCAAGAGCAUUUGCAGGACUGUACAAUUUAAAACAACUCUUCUUGGAUAAAUGCAAUUUGGCAGACUCCAUCCUAUCAGAAAGCUAUCUGCAGCCACUCUGGUCCUUAGAGAAACUUGAUCUCCUUGGUAAUGACAUAGUGAGACUCCGACCAGGACGGUUUUUUUCAAGACUUACAAAGUUCACAGAGCUAAAUCUCAAAUUGAACAAGAUUGAAAAAUUAUGUGAAGAAGAUCUCAUUGGUUUCCGGGGGAAAAACUUCAACCUGAGCUUGCAGUCUAAUCACUUCAGGUAUGGUGGACAUCUUGACUGGGAAAGCUGUGGGAACCCUUUUAGAGGGAUGGCUUUUGUUGUCCUUGACUUAUCCAAUAAUGGGUUCAACGCCCCCAAAGCAAAGCAAUUUUUUAAAGCAAUAGCAGGUACUCAGAUUAACCAUCUUAUAUUCUCUGGAUUCCAAGGUAAAGGCUUUUCACAUGACAACUUUCCCGAUCCAGAUGAAAGCACAUUCGGAGGCCUCAUUAACAGUUCGGUUAGGCAUUUAGAGCUGUUGAAAAGCAACAUGUUUGCUUUGAAAAAGGCUUUUUUAAGUCCUCUAAGAGAUGCAAAAAUUAUUGAUUUGUCCUUAAACAAAAUCAAUCAGAUUACCAAUAAUGCUUUUGAUGGUCUUCAAGGACAUUUACGAAUGCUAAACCUGUCCUUUAACCUCCUUGGAGGAAUAAAUUCUUACACUUUUACCAAUCUGACUGACCUACGAGUAUUGGAUUUGUCUUACAACCAUAUUGGCGUAUUGGGAGACAAAGCAUUCAGUGGUCUUCCCAAUUUACGAGCGUUAUAUCUGACGGGAAAUUCACUGCGAAAUCUGGGUUUUCCUGCGCCAUUACCAAACUUAGAUUUUCUUCUUUUGUCUGACAAUAAAUUGGAACAUCUAUACAGUAUCAGUGAAUUUGGCAAGAACAGUUACCAUGUUGACAUUUCAGAAAACAGAUUAAAACAGUUGGGGGAUAUUUAUGACAUUUUAAUUCAGUUCAGUCGUCUCCAGAAUCUUUUUUAUGGUGGCAACUUUAUUAAGUGGUGCAAACCAAGUCAGAGCAUUAUAAUACCUUAUAAUAGUAGUUUGCUAGUGCUGGAUCUUCAUGACAGUUCCCUGAAUACAAUUUGGGCGCAGGGGGAGUGCCUCGACCUGUUUGAUCGCCUGGACAAUCUGCUUGGUCUAAAUAUAAGCUUCAACUCACUUGCGGCUCUCCCACAAGCAAUUUUUAGGGGCCUAAGCUCGAUCAUAGAGAUCGACCUUUCAUAUAAUGCCUUGACCUAUCUGGAGCCAGAUAUCUUUCCUGUCAGCUUGAAGAGACUUGACCUCUCAAACAACUUUUUGGCCUCCCCGGACCCUGAGACUUUUCGGACUCUCAGUGUCCUCAGCCUGGCUGCAAACCGGUUCCACUGCUAUUGCACUCUGGAGAGCUUCCUGAACUGGCUGAAUGUGACCUUACCGGACCAAAUGAAGGAGUACAGAUGUGAGUUCCCAGCUGCUCUACAAAAUCUUCCUCUGCUGGACUACUUCUCAAUAAUAGAACCAUGUGAGGAAGAUGAUGAAAUGGCAGUGCAAGAUCUUAAGUUUGUUCUAUUCAUCUUCUCUGCUCUCCUCAUCAUCACUGUCACCCUCAGCGGGAUUACUUACGCCCAUCUCCGAGGAUACAUAUUCAUCAUUUACAAAAAGAUCAUCAGCAGGGUUGUCGAGGGCCCCAAACCGCCACCCCCUGUGGACAGAGUGCAGUACGAUGCCUUCUUCUGCUACAGCUGCAAUGAUUACAGGUGGGUAGAGACUGCUUUGUUGAAAAAGCUGGAUGACCAGUUCUCAGAGGAGAACAUCUUCCGCUGUUGUUUCGAGGCCAGAGACUUCCUGCCAGGUGAGGAUCACCUCUCCAACAUCAGAGAUGCCAUCUGGGGUAGCAGGAAAACUGUGUGCAUCGUCUCCAAGGAGUUCCUUAAAGACGGUUGGUGCUUAGAGGCGUUCACUUUGGCCCAGGGCCGGAUGCUGGAGGAGCUGACGAACGUCCUGAUCAUGUUGGUGGUAGGGAAGGUGGCUCACUAUCAGCUGAUGAAGUGCAACGCAGUCAGAGCUUUCGUCAAGAGGAGAGAGUACCUAACCUGGCCAGAGGACCCUCAGGACCUGGAGUGGUUUUAUGAGCGCCUCGUCUCACAGAUACUCAAAGACACAAAAGUGAAAAAGUUUGCUGAGGACAAAACUGAGCCGGAAGUGUCUGACAUCCAACCUCAGAAUGAAGAUGAUAUACAGCUCGAGAACCUCGAGCACCUACCGUGUGAAUUCUGACUGUGUUAUGAUAACCUGUUGAUACCAACAUCCACCCUGCUGAGGUGUCUUCAGUAAGCGGGAUGAGGAGGAUAUUCGCUCUUAAAAAAAUGACUUUCUGAAAAAGAAAAUGGGAAUAACCAACCUUCGUAUGAAGUAACGGCAAAGACUUCUCAAAAAAUCUUUCAUAUUUGAGUCCUAAAGAACCAGAUGCAGAACCUGUCUGGUCCUGAACAGUUUUGCCUUUUUGAUAUUAAAGGGGACAUAUUAUGCUCAUUUUCAGGUUCAUACUUAUAUUUUGGGAUUGUACGUGAAAAUUUUUACCUGCUUUGAUGUUUACAAAAAACACAUUAUUUUUUCUCAUACUGUCCGUCUGAAAAUACCUGUAUCCACCCUCUUCUGAAACGCUCUGUUUUAGCACCUGUCUCUUUAACCCCCCCUCCUGAAAAAGCCCAGUCUGCUCUGAUUGGCUUACAAGAUACAUUUGGUGAACUUUUACAAAAGCUCUUCUCAAGCCGUGGGUGGAGAUACUCAGAUGGGUGGUGGUACAUUUAUUUGUUUAUCUGGAUCUCCAUUAGCCACAACAAAGGAAGCAACUACUCUUCCAAGACACAUGUAAUCAUUACAUUACAAUAAUUUAAUUCAUUAAUUAGUAUGUAUGUAUGUAUGUAACUAGGUAUGUAUGUAAAACAUCCAAGGCAAAGUAGAAAGACAAACACACAAACUACAAAAUAAAAAAAACAAUAAACAAACACUUCUAAUGAAAUUAUUAACAGCAAUUAACAUUACUUUUAUAUGAGGUAAAUUCCAUUUAGCCUACAUGUGACAUAUAAAGAGAAGCCAAUCUGAAUGGCUUGUUGAAUCCCAUGUUUUCUGAUGUAGGCAGGCCACAAAAAGUUACUUCAUAACUUGGUAGACUCUCCAGAUGCCCAAAUGUACAGCAUGUGCACAAGCACCGAAAAAGUGACUGUUUCAUAAUAUGUCCCCUUUAAAUCAAUUCAUAAUAGCUUUUCUUCUGCCAUUGUCUGCAUUUACAGACAUCCAUGACCCAAUGAUAUGUACAGUUACAGAUAUUAUUUUUUGUUAAUGUUAUUAUGUUACAGGAAUGAAUAAUUCCUGUCAAUUAAUCAACUGUCUAAUAAGUCAAAUUUUCUUAUCAAUAUGAAUUUUUGGUGCAAAUACAGCUUUGUUCACCUGAAUACCUUGCAGGAUAAAGAAAUUCUGUGCUCAUGAAGACUAAUGAACCAUUUUCUAUAUUUUCUGAGACCACUAGAUGGCACUCUUGGUUUAAAGAAAAAGGUUCAAACAGAGAGCUCCAUCUAGUGAGCUCAGAAAAUACAGAAAAUGGUUCAUGAGGCUUAAUUGGCAAAUCACCAGGAUAAAGCAAAGCACAGGUUUGACAUUUAGAAUAAAUCAUGGCAGAUCUGAGCAUAAAGUACAUUGAUAGAAAUGUGUGUUGAAACAAUGAUUGGUCAUUUUGGCUUGUCAAUGUGUUAAGAGUGUAUUGGAGCAUUUCAUUGCA